AUGGAGGCAGAGCGCAGAGCGGAGAUCACAGAGUGCAGAGCGCAGAGCGGAGAUCACAGAGUGCAGAGCGCAGAGCGGAGAUCACAGAGCGCAGAGCGGAGAUCACAGAGCGGAGAGUGCAGAGCGGAGAUCACAGAGCGGAGAGUGCAGAGCGCAGAGCGGAGAUCACAGAGCGCAGAGCGGAGAUCACAGAGCAGAGAUCACAGAGCGGAGAGCACAGAGCGGAGAGCACAGAGCGGAGAUCACAGAGCGGAGAGUGCAGAGCGGAGAUCACAGAGCGGAGAUCCCAGAGCAGAGAUCACAGAGCGGAGAGUGCAGAGCGGAGAUCACAGAGCGGAGAGUGCAGAGCGGAGAUCACAGAGCGGAGAGCACAGAGCGGAGAUCACAGAGCAGAGAUCACAGAGCGGAGAGCGCAGAGCGGAGAUCACAGAGCGGAGAGUGCAGAGCGGAGAUCACAGAGCGGAGAGCGCAGAGCGGAAAGCACAGAAUGGAGAUCACAGAGCAGAGAUCACAGAGCGGAGAGUGCAGAGCGGAGAGUGCAGAGCGGAGAUCACAGAGCGGAGAUCACAGAGCGGAGAGCGCAGAGCGCAGAGCGGAGAUCACAGAGCAGAGAUCACAGAGCGGAGAGCGCAGAGCGCAGAGCGGAGAUCACAGAGCGGAGAUCACAGAGCAGAGAUCACAGAGCGGAGAGUGCAGAGCGGAGAUCACAGAGCGGAGAGCACAGAGCAGAGAUCACAGAGCGGAGAGUGCAGAGCGGAGAUCACAGAGCGGAGAGCGCAGAGCGGAAAGCACAGAAUGGAGAUCACAGAGCAGAGAUCACAGAGCGGAGAGUGCAGAGCGCAGAGCAGAGAUCACAGAGCGGAGAGUGCAGAGCGGAGAUCACAGAGCGGAGAGCACAGAGCAGAGAUCACAGAGCGGAGAGUGCAGAGCGCAGAGCGGAGAUCACAGAGCAGAGAUCACAGAGCGGAGAUCACAGAGCAGAGAUCACAGAGCGGAGAUCACAGAGCGGAGAGCACAGAGCAGAGAUCACAGAGCGGAGAGUGCAGAGCGCAGAGCGGAGAUCACAGAGCGGAGAUCACAGAGUGGAGAUCACAGAGCAGAGAUCACAGAGCGGAGAUCACAGAGCAGAGAUCACAGAGCGGAGAGCACAGAGCGGAGAUCACAGAGCGGAGAGUGCAGAGUCCAGAGCGGAGAUCACAGAGCGGAGGGCGCAGAGCGGAGAGCACAGAGCGGAGAUCACAGAGCGGAGAGUGCAGAGCGCAGAGCGGAGAUCACAGAGCGGAGAUCACAGAGUGGAGAUCACAGAGCAGAGAUCACAGAGCGGAGAUCACAGAGCGGAGAGCACAGAGCAGAGAUCACAGAGCGGAGAGUGCAGAGCAGAGAUCACAGAGCGGAGAGUGCAGAGCGCAGAGCGGAGAUCACAGAGCGGAGAUCACAGAGUGGAGAUCACAGAGCAGAGAUCACAGAGCGGAGAGCACAGAGCGGAGAUCACAGAGCGGAGAGUGCAGAGUCCAGAGCAGAGAUCACAGAGCGGAGGGCGCAGAGCGGAGAGCACAGAGCGGAGAUCACAGAGCGGAGAGUGCAGAGUGCAGAGCGGAGAUCACAGAGCGGAGGGCGCAGAGCGGAGAUCACAGAGCGGAGAGCGCAGAGCGGAGAGCGCAGAGCGGAGAGCGCAGAGCGGAGAGCGGAGAUCACAGAGCGGAGAGUGCAGAGCGGAGAGCGGAGAUCACAGAGCGGAGGGCGCAGAAUACAACUUCGUGUUUAUGA